CCACUUUUGGGAAUCGCGCCAAGCGUUUCCGAUUACGAUUCCUGUCACCGGCGAUUUCGUGCAACAUAAGAAGAGAACGACGCAGCAACGUUAUCUUUCGUGACUGAAGCAAAGUGAUGAUUCUUCGAUUGAAGAACCAAACGCUCGGAAAAAUCAAUUUAACUCGCUCAUACUUAUCUUCCUUAGUUUUCCGACGAGAUUCUCACUCGCACGAUCGCCGGAGAAGAGGGUACGAGAGGGAUGUGGGAAUCGAGGAGAAGAAGGAACACGAUGGGUUGUUUCUGUGCAAGAGCAAAGGCCAACACCUUCUUACCAACACCAGAAUCCUCGACGCCAUUGUCCGAAGCUCCGAUGUCAGGCCGACCGAUACAGUCUUGGAGAUCGGACCUGGUACUGGAAAUCUCACGAUGAAGCUUCUUGAAGCUGCCCAGAAUGUCGUCGCCGUUGAAUUAGAUAAACGUAUGGUGGAGAUUCUACGCAAAAGGGUUUCUGACCAUGGUUUUGCAGAUAAACUUACGAUUAUUCAAAAAGAUGUUCUGAAGACAGAAUUCCCUCCGUUUGAUCUCGUAGUUGCAAAUAUUCCUUACAACAUAUCUUCCCCUCUUGUGGCGAAGCUUGUAUACGGCUCCAAUACCUUUCGAAGCGCCACUCUGUUGCUUCAAAAGGAAUUCUCCCGCAGGCUCCUGGCAAAUCCAGGAGAUUCCGAUUUCAAUAGAUUGGCGGUGAACGUUAAGUUAGUAGCUGAUGUUAAAUUUGUGAUGGAUGUGAGUAAAAGAGAGUUUGUUCCACCUCCUAAAGUCGAUUCAUCUGUAGUUAUGAUUACACCAAAGGAGAUAAUACCAGAUGUUAAUGUUCAAGAAUGGCUGGCAUUCACUCGCACGUGUUUCGGGAAGAAGAACAAGACGCUUGGUUCCAUGUUUAGGCAGAAGAAGAAGGUCAUGGAGUUGCUAAGUUUGUCUGCAGGGAGGAAUGGUUCGAAAGUUGGGGUUAUGAAUCAGACAUGUGGUGAUUCUGACAGUGAUGUUGAAGAAGAUGGAGAUGGGAAAGAUGAUUUGUUGUGUUUGGAUACAGAUGCAAAUAUGUUCAAGGAAAGGGUUAUUGGAAUUCUGAGAUCGAAUGGGUUCGAAGAGAAGAGACCAUCCAAGCUCUCUCAUAGUGAGUUGUUACAUUUGCUUUCUUUGUUUAACCAUGCUGGAAUUUUUUUCCAUGAUAUUAGAUCAUCCCCAAUGGAUCUACACGAAUAAUGGCAAGUUUUCUUUAAUGAUUUAUUCAUUAAGUAGCUUCGAAUAAAAGCUACUUAAUGCAAAUAAAAUCGUACUUUUUUU